GUGCUAACCAAACCUCAUUCCCUAUUCAUCUCUUACCUUCCUCCCACCUCUCUUCCAUUCUUCACAUCCCUUCACAGAAUCGAAUAGUUGAAACCCUGAUUUGCGCAAAAUGGAUUCGAAAUCCUCAACCGACGUCGUUUCUCGCCGAACACGAGUCCUCACCAAUCACCUUCUCCGGCAACCUCCGCUACCACGCGAUGUUGCAGUUGAGACAAACGAAUGCUUACAAUUCUCUCCCGCCGAGCUCGCCGAGAAGUACGAUUUUGACACCAUGGAGAUGCGGAAAUUGCUGGACGGACAUAAUCUGCAGGAUCGGGAUUGGUUGUAUGGUUUGAUCAUGCAGAGCAAGCUGUUUAAUCCGAGGGAUCUGGGAGGUAAAUUGUUUGUGGGACCUGAUUACAAUCAGUCGAUGGAGCAACAGAGAGAGAUGACGAUGAAGCGUAUUGAUUAUUUGUGCGAGAGAGGGGUUUUCAAUGGCUGGUUAACCGAGAAGGGAACCGAGGUUGACUUGAGGAAGAUGGCUCUCCAAGAGGUUACUGCAAUUUUUGAUCACUCGCUCUCUAUCAAGCUUGGUGUUCAUUUCUUCUUGUGGGGUGGUGCUAUCCAGUUUUUUGGCACAAAAAGGCACCAUGACAAGUGGCUGAGGGACACUGAAAAUUAUGUAGUCAAGGGUUGCUUUGCAAUGACAGAGUUGGGACACGGCAGUAAUGUUAGAGGAAUUGAAACUGUGACCACUUAUGAUCCUAACACAAGAGAGUUCAUCAUUAACACUCCUUGUGAAUCUGCUCAGAAGUAUUGGAUUGGUGGGGCUGCUAAUCAUGCAACCCAUACAAUAGUCUUCUCUCAGCUCAUUAUAAAUGGGAGUAAUCAAGGUGUCCAUGCAUUUAUAGCACAGAUCCGGGAUGCAGAUGGCAACAAUUUUCCAAACGUCAGAAUAGCAGAUUGUGGACAUAAAAUUGGUCUUAAUGGUGUUGAUAAUGGUCGAAUUUGGUUUGACAAUGUCCGGAUCCCCAGAGAGAAUUUGUUAAAUUCAGUUGCUGAUGUUUCACCGGAUGGGCAAUAUGUGAGUGCGAUAAAAGACCCAGAUCAGAGAUUUGCGGCAUUCCUGGCCCCUCUAACAUCUGGGCGGGUGACUAUUGCAUCCAGUGCAAUUUACAUGUCAAAGAUUGGUUUAGCAAUUGCCAUUAGAUACUCGUUGACAAGGAGGGCUUUCUCUGUUACACCAAAUGGGCCGGAAGUUUUGUUGCUUGAUUAUCCAAGUCAUCAACGGCGACUCUUGCCUCUCCUUGCAAAGACAUAUGCUAUGAGUUCUGCUGCAAAUUUUCUUAAAGUGAUAUAUGUGAAGAGGACACCAGAGUCGAGCAAGACUAUCCAUGUCUUUUCAAGUGCAUUCAAGGCUACUCUUACUUGGCAUAACAUGCGUUUGCUUCAGGAAUGUCGUGAAGCAUGUGGAGGACAGGGCCUGAAGACCGAAAAUCGCAUUGGUCAUUUGAAAGGUGAAUAUGAUGUGCAGGGCACUUUUGAAGGUGACAAUAAUGUCCUGAUGCAGCAGGUCAGCAAGGCACUCCUUGGAGAGUAUAUUUCAGCUCAUAAGAAGAAGAAACCUUUCCAAGGGCUGGGAUUGGAACACAUGAACAACCCUUGCCCGAUCAUCCCAUCUGAGCUUACAAGCUCAACCCUCAGGUGCAGCCAGUUCCAGACUGAUGCAUUCUGUCUAAGAGAACGAGAUCUUUUGAAUCGUUUUGCGGCGGAAGUCUCACAGUAUCAAGCGAAUGGAGAAAGUAAAGAGCGUGCCUUUAUUCUGAGUUAUCAGGUUGCAGAAGAGCUGGGCCGAGCAUUUUCAGAGAAAGAAAUCUUGCAAACCUUCUUGGAGGCUGAGACAACCAUAUCUACUGGUUCCAUGAAGAAUGUCCUUGGUCUUGUGAGGUCCAUGUAUGCCCUAAUAUGUAUGGAAGAGGAUGCUUCAUUUCUCCGUUAUGGAUACUUAUCACCAGAAAAUGCUGCUGCUGUGAGGAGAGAAGUGAGCAAACUCUGUGGAGAACUGCGACCGCAUGCACUUGCCUUGGUCAGUUCCUUUGGCAUUCCUGAUGCAUUUUUGAGCCCCAUAGCUUUCAACUGGAUUGAUUCAAAUUCUUGGUCUUCGGUUCAGCAUUAGUUAGGUUUCAUACUAGUCAUAGUCCCGGCAGACGUUCUUGCUGCUUCCGGCUAAUAACUUCAGUUACGUACUUGACAUCCCAAAUAAACCAGUUACACAUGUUGUAAUUGUAAAAGUUGCUCUUCAUCCGAUUUGUUUGCCGAUGAAUGUCGGUAUAUCUACGGAAGACAAAAGAAUGACAGUAAAUUAUUUUUUCACUCAUUCUAAAUCGCUCCUUCUA